CGUCGCGAAUAGUCCUGUCCUGUGGCUGGUUUUAGGAAUGUGCAUGGUUUGGCCAAACUAGUGCCGUUACGUCGUUACGAAUAGUGCUACCAACCGGUUAAUCUUGUGUUUGAGCCGGCUAGUUUCUACGGAACCAGUCCGAACGUUGUACCACCGUUGGAGAAGAGAAAAAAAACAUUGCUGUACGAUGACGAAAGAUCAGGAAGCAGCCAGCGUGCCGGGCAGUGAAGUUGCCGAAAAACAAGUGGAAACUCCGUCGACCAUAGUGAAGCUGACUAAGCGAGCCGCCAUUACGCAGAUCAUUACGGCGAUUACGGCCAACAUUACGAUCAUCUCGUCGGGUAUGGGCAUCGGUUUUCCGUCGAUCGCGCUGAUGGAGCUCACAAACUCCACUAGCUCCGUCGUGCUGUCCGAAUCGGACGCCAGCUGGUUCGCAUCGAUCACCUCUAUCUUGUGCCCAGUCGGUGGUCUACUGUCCGGAUAUAUGUUGGAUAAAAUCGGCAGAAAGAAGACGCUCUACUGUAUCAAUGUCAUUUCGAUCAUUUCCUGGGUCAUCAUGUCAUUGGCCAGUCGUACGGAUGGAGCGUUGCUCUUCAUUCAACUCAUGGUCGCCCGAAUCAUUAUAGGUGUUGCUAUCGGACUCUCUAGCACUCCUGCAUCUGUGUAUGCGGCUGAAGUGGCACAUCCUAGUCUCCGAGGUCGUCUGACGCUGUUGACCGCUUGCUUCACCGGCAUUGGAAUGCUUAUGGUAUACUCGCUCGGAUACAUGUUCAAGAACGAUUGGCGGUAUGUUUGCACCAUUUGUGGCGUCUUUACCGUGCUGGCUUUGCUCAGUGUGAUCCCGUUGCCGGAAUCACCGAGCUGGUUGGUUGGUAAGAAGCGUAUGGCCGAGGCCGAGCGACAUCUGAAGGUGGUGCGCGGGAUCAAGGAGGACAACCAUCCGGAAAUCCGUGCGGAGCUCAAGGCACUGGAAGAGAGUGUGGCCCGGUUCCGUCAGUCGGACACGAAGAAAGCCUCGAAAAUGGUGCAGCUCAAGAAGCCGGAGGUGUACAAACCGCUGAUGAUCAUGUGCACCUUCUUCCUGUUCCAACAAUUCUCCGGCAUCUUUGUGAUCAUCGUGUACGCAGCGAGCUUCUCCGUCGAAGCAGGCGUUGCCAUUGAUCCUUUUCUGAGUGCCGUGCUGGUUGGGUUGACCCGCGUGGUGACGACCAUCCUGAUGGCAUUCAUUUCCGAUCGAUUUGGCCGCCGGCCACCGGCACUGUUUUCCGGGUUCGGAAUGGCUUGCUGCAUGUUCGGGCUUGCGGCUUGUAAUAUUCUCCGGGUGAGCGAUACGGAGUACCACUGGCUACCGACGGCACUGCUCGUGGCGUUCAUAUUUACGGCCACCCUGGGCUUCCUGACGCUACCAUUCUCCAUGAACGCCGAGGUUUAUCCUUCGAAGGUGCGAGGAUUUGCAUCUGGCCUUACCAUUUUCUUCGGGUACACGAUGUCCUUCAUUAUGUUGAAGGUGUACCCAACACUGGUCGGUAGCAUAGGGAACGAGAAUGUGUUCCUGUUCUUCGGUAUGGUUUCCCUCGCUGGCAUUGGAUUCGUUUACUUCUUCCUGCCCGAAACGAAGGGACGCACGUUGCAGGACAUCGAGGAGUACUUCCGGGGUGGCACCGUUUCUACUGCGGAUCUGGUCAAACAAGACACAAAAGCGUGAGCGUAUACAAUUGCGUAGAUUAGCUACUAGCCUGUGAUAGAUUGUGUGGGAAAUUUAUUGUUUUACUUAUUUACAAUGGCAGUUUCGCAGGCCAUGGAAUGGCGUGUUUUGAGGGCUGACAAAUAUUGUUGAAUAAAGAAUCAUAUUUGUACAAAUA